GUACUGAUGAAAAACAUGGCAAUUGAAUCAGAGAUCGAGAUGAGAACCAACUCGGUAUUGCCAACAAUCAUGGAAUCCAAAGCUAACGAUAAUUUCCCGAAACCUUGCAUUCCGACUAGGUUUUACAUUGGCUUUAUGAUUGCUUUAACAUCAAUUGUUAUGUAUGCGGUUCGUAAUUGUUUGAGUGUUGCGAUAGUUUCGAUGACUGAAGAUGAAUCCAAGUUAAACAAAUCAACCUCAUAUUUAGUGGCUGACAGCAACAAUUCAAUUACAAUCAAACCAAUACAUGAAAAGUUUGCUUGGACCGAAAGUCAAGAAGGAGUCAUUCUUGGUUCCUAUUUCUAUGGAUAUGCUGCAUUUCAAAUAAUCACUGGAGUUAUAUCAGAUAAAUUCAAUGUUGUCCAUUUGUGUAUCAUCUGUAACAUUAUCUCAGCCAUAUUAUCGGCUUUAACCCCAAUCGCUGCUCAUGCCGGUGUUGCCUGCAUAUCGAUUGUCCGAAUGCUCUUAGGUGCAAGCCAAGCUCCUACCAUUGCUUUGUUAUUGGUUUUGGCAAGUAAAUGGUUUCCACCUGAUGAAGUUGUCUUUCCGAUAAGUUUGCUUAAUGUUGGUGCUAACAUAGGCACUGCUGCUGUUAUGCCCUACACUGCUUGGCUUUGCAAUCAAGAUUUAUUGGGAGGAUGGCCUCUCGUCUUUUACUCAUUGGGUGCCAUUAACUUAAUCAUUCCAUUUUUGUGGCUUACAACGAUCACUGAAACACCAAAUAAUCAUCCAUUCAUUUCUAAAUACGAGAUUGAUUACAUCAAUAAAGCCAAUUCAAAUGUUGGAAAAGUAAAGAUGUCAGUACCUUGGUUAUCUAUAUUCAGCUCCCUUACGAUUUGGUCAAUCAUUGUUGCUAAAGGAUGCAUAUCUAUGGGUAUCAUGAUUUUCAACACCAAAAUUCCCGCUUAUCUCGAAUCUGAACUUGGCAUGGACCUGACUAGUAAUGGUUCUUUCAAUUCCCUGCUAUACAUUGCUAUGGCGAUCUCAAAUUUAUCGUCUCCACCUAUAUUUAAAUAUUUGAUCAACAACGGCUAUGUUUCUCGAACAGUGGGCAGGAAGCUCGCCGAAUCCAUAACUUUAUUCUUACCUGCAAUUGCUCUCGUGACAAUACCAUUCAUCAAAGAGAAUACAACUCUGAUUCUGUGUUUGUUAGUUAUUUCAUUAUUCUUCAUGGGAUUUCAAGCAGCAGGCGACUGGCCAAUUGUAUCUGAAGUGGCACCUGAUCUAGCUGGAAGUGUUUUCGGUAUUACUAAUACAACUGCUGCUGCUAGUGGUUUCAUAUCGCCUCUGAUAAUUGGGCAAUUACUUGAUAGUGGGUUAGACCACAGUGAAGCCUGGAGAUAUGUAUUUUUUAUUGGUGCUGGUGUCAUGACUUUCGGUGGUUUAAUUUUUAUCAUAUUUGCUAAAGCUGAACCAGUACCAUGGGGUGUCGCUCCUUCACGAUCAAUUGAUAGUCUGGAUAACAAUCUGGAGGGUAAGAGAAGGACGAGGCCACAUAAGAUUCGUGUUCAUCCUGUUUUCACUCGACAAGCUUCGAUAAAUUAAUCUUUAUCGAUAUUGCUUGAAAACUUGAAAAAGUAAAAAAUAAAGUUCAAUUGAAGCCAUCUGCUCCAUCUAUUUACAGAGAAAGAAA